CCCCUCAUCUGUGGGGACGGGAGCUCAGGACUCCCCUUCCCCUGGAGGCGAUCCAGACCCCCACCAUCCCAGGAACCCUGGAGGUCGUCUAAGUAUUGUUCUCCCCACCCUGCACCCCGAGGUCGGGAGUUCAGGAGGCCCCUCCUCAAGAAGGAGAUGGGGGGGUUCCCUGUGACCACCUGGAGCUCUGUUAUUGUUCCCCCUACCCUCCAGUCUUGGGGUCCAGAGUUCUGGAAGCCCCUUCGCAGGAGGUCAUCCAGGGGUCCACCUGCCCCCCUAGGAACUCAGAAGCCCCCCUCUUCCAGCUAGGAGAUGGGAAUUUGGGAGGGCCCUUCCUCAGGAGGCAAUCUAAAGCCCUCCCCCCGCCCCCCAGGAACCCAGAUGGGGACCCAGGCAUUGUUCCCCCUACCCUCCUCCAAAUGUGGUGUCUGGGUUCAGGGGGUGAUCUAAGAGCCCCACCCUCUCCAUUUGCGUAGCCACUUCCAGCUGUGGGGUUGUGGCUCAGGAGGCCCCCUCUGCCUCCAGGAACAGAUCUAUUUGUGGUUUGCUCCCCAACCCGCCCCCACCCCCCAUGGGGUGGCUAGCUCAAGACAUCGCCUCCCCAUCAGGACCCAAGCUUCCCACGGGAGGAGGAGCCCAAGAUGGAGAGAGGGGCAGAGCCCUGGAACUGGAUUCCGCCGUAGAAGCAGCCAGCACCUCCACACCAGGGAUGCGGCGCUCGGUCCUGGUCAGGAACCCAGGCCACAAAGGCCCGAGGCCCGUUUAUGAAGAGCUUGACUCCGACUCCGAGGACCUGGACCCCAACCCUGAAGAGCCGGACCCAGUCUGUGAAGACCCAGAGCCCGAGCCAGAAGACCUCAACACUGUCUCUGAAGAUGUGGACCCCAGCUAUGAAGACCUGGAGCCGGUCUCGGAGGAUCUGGACCCCGAUGCCGAAGCUCCGAGCUCCAUCUCGGGGACCCGUGACCCCGAUCCCCAAGAUCUCGACCCCAUGUCUUCAAGUUUCGACCUGGAUCCAGAUGUCAUCGGCCCCGUCCCCCUGGUUCUUGACCCGAACAACGACACCCUCAGACCCACCGAAGCCCCAGACCUGGACCCUCUCUCAUCCAGCCUCACUGCCACCCCCGAGGUGCUGGCCGCCAGCCCCGCAGUGCUUCCGGCCCCCGCCAGCCCUCCCCGGCCCUUCUCCUGCCCCGACUGCGGGCGAGCCUUCCGCCGCAGCUCGGGGCUGAGCCAGCACCGCCGCACCCACAGCGGCGAGAAGCCCUACCGCUGCCCCGACUGCGGCAAGUCGUUCAGCCACGGCGCCACGCUGGCGCAGCACCGGGGCAUCCACACGGGCGCGCGGCCCUAUCAGUGCGCCGCCUGCGGCAAAGCCUUCGGCUGGCGCUCCACGCUGCUGAAGCACCGCAGCAGCCACAGCGGCGAGAAGCCGCACCACUGCCCCGUGUGCGGCAAGGCCUUCGGGCACGGCUCGCUGCUGGCGCAGCACCUGCGCACGCACGGCGGCCCGCGGCCGCACAAGUGCCCCGUGUGCGCCAAGGGCUUCGGGCAGGGCUCGGCGCUGCUGAAGCACCUGCGCACGCACACGGGCGAGCGGCCGUACCCGUGCCCGCAGUGCGGCAAGGCGUUCGGCCAGAGCUCGGCGCUGCUGCAGCACCAGCGCACGCACACGGCCGAGCGCCCGUACCGCUGUCCCCACUGCGGCAAGGCGUUCGGCCAGAGCUCCAACCUGCAGCACCACCUGCGCAUCCACACGGGCGAGCGGCCCUACGCCUGCCCGCACUGCUCCAAGGCGUUCGGGCAGAGCUCGGCGCUGCUGCAGCACCUGCACGUGCACUCCGGGGAGCGCCCCUACCGCUGCCAGCUCUGCGGCAAGGCCUUCGGCCAGGCUUCCAGCCUCACCAAGCACAAGCGGGUGCACGAGGGCGCGGCCGCCGCUGCCGCCGCAGCUGCAGCGGCAGCCGCCGGCCUGGGCCUCAGCCCCGCCUCGAUGCUGAGGCCCGGGCAGGUCUCCCUCCUGGGUCCUGAUGCUGUGUCUGUUCUCGGCGCCGGCCUGGGCCUCAGUCCCGGCCCCAGCUCUGGCCUUGGCUCUGACCCUGGCUCCGAGCCGGGCUCCCUCCCUACUCCCAGCCCCAAAGCUGUCUCUGGCUCCGAAGCCACCCCCACCCCUGAUUCCAUCCAAGCUUCUGACCCUAAACCUGGUCGUGUCGCGGAUCCCCACCCCGUGGCCAGCCCCGACCCAGAUUCUGUGGCCAGCCCCGACUCCAACCCGGAGUCUCAUCCCGACCCCGGCUCUCCCACCCAUGACACCGUCAGCCCAGCCCUCCCUACUGGCGAGAGUCCCGAGUGGGUGCAGGAGCGAGGGGCAUUGCUGGGGCCCGACGGCUGAUGUGGACGCCGACGCUGACGGGGCCUGGGGAAGUUGUGUGUCAUGCAGUUUAGUAAAAUCCUCGCACUGCCUCCUGG